AUGGAGAGCGGCGUGGUCACCAUCUACAAGGAGGAGCGCUGCGCGCCGGAGGAGUGCGGCGCCAACUUGACCUGGCCACCCGGGCUGCCGGACCUGUUCAACUCCAGCGCCAACGGAACCUGGGAGGCGGAAGCGGAGCCCAUGUCGCCGAUCAUCCCCAUCAUCGUGGCGGUCUACUCGCUGGUGUUCGUGGUGGGCUUGGUGGGAAACUGCCUGGUCAUGUUCGUCAUCAUCAGAUACACCAAAAUGAAAACGGCCACCAACAUCUACAUCUUCAACCUGGCGGUGGCCGACGCCCUGGUCACCACCACCAUGCCCUUCCAGAGCACCGACUACCUGCUGAGCUCCUGGCCGUUCGGCAAAGUGGCCUGCAAGGUCUUCAUCUCCAUCGACUACUACAACAUGUUCACCAGCAUCUUCACCCUGACCAUGAUGAGCGUGGACCGCUACAUCGCCGUGUGUCACCCCGUCCGGGCGCUGGACUUCCGGACCCCAGUGAAGGCCAAAAUCAUCAACGUCAUCAUCUGGCUUCUGUCGUCCGCCGCCGGCAUCCCUGCCAUGAUCCUGGGCAGCACCAAGAGCAACAACGGGACGACGGAAUGUGCCCUGCAGUUCCCCGAGCCCUACACCUACUGGGACACCCUGAUGAAGAUCUGCGUCUUCAUCUUCGGCUUCGUGGCGCCCGUGGUCAUCAUCACCGUGUGCUACACCCUGAUGGUCCUCCGGCUCAAGAGCGUGCGCCUGCUGUCCGGCUCUCGCGAGAAGGACCGCAACCUGCGGCGCAUCACGCGGCUGGUGCUGGUGGUGGUGGCCGUCUUCGUGGUGUGCUGGACGCCCAUCCACAUCUUCAUCCUGGUCAAGGCCCUGUCGGCCGGCGUGCCCGAGACCACCUGGGUGAUGGCGGCCUACUUCUUCUGCGUGGCGCUGGGCUACACCAACAGCAGCCUCAACCCCAUCCUCUACGCCUUCCUGGACGAGAACUUCAAGCGCUGCUUCAGGGACUUCUGCUGCCCGGGUGCAAAGGGCCGCCGGGACUGCCAGGGGGUGAGUCGGGUGAGGACCACCCUCCGGGACCACUCGUGUCCGACGGAGGCCCGGGGCGACCUCAGGCAAGGCAGAGCUGUAUGA